CAGCAUAUGACUUCAAUCUGCCUGUUACUCUAAACAGCACAAGAGCUCCCUCUCCACCACCCAGUUCUAUUCCAAAAACCCCAUCGCUCCUUGAGAAGCACAUAGUCACUCCUCGGCCACAGACAGUGGAUGUGGCUACUCCUUCUCGCAGAGUGCAGGCAACUGCUUUGAGACGACUUCUGGAAAUGUCUAAAUCCAGUCUGGAGUUUGAGAUCCCUUCAGCGCUAAGCAGCCUUGAAAGUACAUCAGGAGACAUAAAUUCUCAGACAUUGGAACUUAAAAACAUCUCCCAGGAAGAUCUGAAGUGGAAAUUUGAUAUGAGCACAGUGGCUGAAGAAAUCAAUAAAGGUGUUUUCAACCUCUCUCUGGAAACUGGGACUCUGAAGCCCAACCAGUCUGUGUCCAUCACCGUGAGCUUUUCACCAGCCAUACCAGGACAGCACAGAGCAGACGUACCCAUCUUUUUGAAUGAUGAUGACAUCCAUCCCUACACCUUGCUCUCACUCGCUGGUACCCUGAAGAAGCCUAGGAUCAACUUUGUGCCUCCAUGUCUCAGUUUAACUCCAGUUCCUUUGGACACUGAAGCAACAGCUACUGUCUCCAUUAUUCCCACAGACUACCACAGGGAUUUCUCAAUUCAGGUGGAUAUCGCAGAGAUUGAGCAGGAGGAUGGCAGCAGGACGAAGCCUUUUUCAGUGCACUUUCCUCAAGGCCAGGACUUCUCCGUUUUGCCCGGAAGACGAAAUGAAGUUCUAACCUGCCGCAUCAGCUUCAAGUCCUCCAGGCCGGCGGCCUUCAUCUCAGACGUCAUCUUCAUGGAUGAUGACGGCAAUAGGUUCAGGCUUCCAGUGGCUGCUGCAGCAGACAACUGUCUUCUCACUGCCUAUCCAUAUCUGGCUCUCCACCGCACAGACCAACAUAUUGUGCUGAAAAGUGGGUAUUUGCAUGAUGACAAUGGAGUCCAGACCACAGAAGCAGUCCUGCACCCAUGUUACUCCCACAGCUCGCUUUCACGUAGUACGUCCUCCAGUUCCACGUUCCUCGCCACCAACUCGACCUCUGAUGAAACUCUUUCUGAAUCCGUGGAAGAAAACCCCAGUGCAAAUGGGCGGAAGAAGAACGAGGAGGCUGAUACCAAAGUGAGGGUGCCCACGCCUGGGUUUCUCACCUUCCCCACGGGAGACUCUGAGGAGGCGUUCUUCUUUCAGGCAGUGCUGAAGGCUGUGCAGAAGUGGUUCAGCUUGUUUGGCUGGCCAAGAGGUCCUCACCCUAUAACUAUUCCUCAGUCUUUGAGAUGUGCGGUUUACAAAGUUCAAACAUCCGGCUCUGCAGACAGAAAGACCACCUACCAGGUCAGCCACGAGAAGCAUGCCAAGACCAUAUACGACAUGCUUCUCCACCUGAGUGGACAGAUGUUGCCAGGAAUCAACACAAGCCAGUCGUUACCCCAUGAUCUGAGUAAGAGAGUUUUACAGCUUCACGGCCAACAUUCUACACUCCUCACCUUUCUCAAGCUGCAAGGAGCAUGCCUUUCAUAUGUCAAACCAGAGUUCCUGUUUGAACCGGAGGAUUUUAAAUACUGGACAAAAUUACAGGCUCAGACAGACAACGGAGAUGAGGAGUUGAAGAGGCAGCAGGCUGAGAGUCUAUAUGGACUGGAUGACAUGUCAUUUGAAGCCCUUAACAAGCGUGCAUGGACUGACGUACUGCUUCAGAUGUACAAGGUGCUGGUGCUUUCUCGUGUUCCAGCAAUUAACACUAGCCACCACUAUGAAUGGGAUAAUGUAGAAAACAUUCCAAGAAUCAAUCCUGAUCCUCUAUCCAGCAACAUUUAUUCAACAUCUGAAAGAAAGCUUCUCACCUGGAUGAAUUCUCAUUAUGAAAAAAUGAGAUCCAUAGUGUGGAGUGACAGUUACUCUGGUGAUAAAGGCGAUGGACCCCCUUCAAGAUGGAUAGUGAACUUUGACCUUGAUCUUGCAGAUGGUCUGGUAUUGGCAGCUGUGCUAGCAGCAUACUGCCCAUUCCUGAUUUCAACUCACUUUAAGAAAAUGUACACACAUUCUGUGAGUCCAGAACAGUGCCUACACAACAGCCUGGUCUUGGUCAGUGCUUUCCAGGGCAUCAGUCUUGAUAUAGAUAUCCAGGCUACUGAAAUCUCUGAUCCCAAUCCUGUCCUCAUGUUGAUGGUUUGUGUUUACCUGUACGAGAAACUGCCACAGUAUAUUCCCAAGGAGACAGUUUAUUUUGUUGGAAGCCUGCAUGAUACAAUAGUCAGACAGGUACGACUGAAAAAUCCAAGCUUAAAGCCAUUGGUGUACAAUGCCACAAUUGUGGGGCAAGACUCUGACAACUUCUCUAUGCAUAAGGGAAGCACAGUAAUUGUCCCCUCAAAGGGACAGAUGGAUGUGUCCGUGCAGCUCACAAGCUAUUUUCUACGACCCAUGGAGGCCAUGCUGCUGUUCACCCCCAGAGCAACUUCCGGGACUUUAGGAGGAACCCUGGCAUUUUCCCUUAGGUCACAGAUCAAUAACAUCGUACCGAGAGGUACUUUGAGGUGCAAAUCUCCAUGUUAUGAGGUGAAGAAAAUCCUUUUGAAAGUGACGAAUCCUUUCAGUAAAGAUGCCAAGUUCAGAAUCGUUUUGGUGGAGUCCAGACAGAAUCUGAUCAAAGGCACAAACUCAGAAACUGGACACCAUCAGGACUCCAAACACAGCAAGCUGAGAUCAACAUCUGAAUCUGGAAAAGGCCUUAUCAGUGAGGAUGAAAUGAAUGGCAAAGGCCUAUAUUUGGAUAGUGAUGAAGGCAACAUAAAUGAAUUUUAUUGUCCUGCGAAAUCUGUGUUCCUGAAAGCUGGAGGAUCUGAUCAUCUAGAAAUUCUUUACCUUCCAUUUCACCUUGGAAAACAGUACUGUACCAUUAUUUUAGCUAAUGAGCAGGUGGGAGAGUUAGUAUAUUCUGUGACUGGGACCGGAGACCUGCCUUUGCCUUCCCCACUGGAGGCAGCGCCCAGCCCCCAUGUAGUGCGCGUCAGCAGUGCAGUGAGAAAGGUUUCUGUAAAACCUGUGUUGUGCUUUAAGUGCUCGGCUGAUAGCUGCCUGGAAGAAGCACUGAGAGUCCCCCUGGUGAAUGUAGCCUGGGAGAGAGCUCUGGCCACGGCAGCACAGCAGCGCAUGUCCUCUGUCGAGCUUGAGCGCAGGAAGAUCACAGCAACACUGCAGAGCAGUUCUGUUAGAGCUGCAGUGGCAGCUCGCGGCUGUGCCACCUCGCAGGUCCAACCCCUGCAGCCUACUAAGCCAAAUAAAACAGUUGAGUACAGUGUUGAAGUUUCUAUGCCUGAGCACUUUGACAUCCCGGAGAAAAUAUGGCUUCCCAUUUCUGGAGAGAGCAGAGUUAACCUACACCCAAAGACACCACAAACUCUGGCAGACUGCGAUGUAGUUUCCCUCCCCCUGAAAUUUCAAGCAAAGGUACCGGGGAGGUACCUGUGUCAGAUUGUCCUCCGGUCUUUGCGCGAUGUCCGUGUGCAUCUUGUGGAAUGCAUGGUCCAUGGCGUGGGCACGGAUGGAGAGCUGGAGAUGGUAACUCCUGCCCUCCAGUCCGUCACUCAGGAUAUCCCACUGAUUAACCAGACACUUCAGGACUGGAAACUCCAUGGUGUUAUUGAAGGAAAAGACUUUCACGGCCCAUCAGUGAUUUAUGUGCGGGCUGGAGAAAGAAUGGGGUAUCCCUUGAUGUUCAGACCCAUUUCCCAAUGUACUACCUUGGGUAGACUUGUUCUGCAGAAUGAAACAGAUGGCACAGAGCACAUAUUUGGACUCAAAGGAAUUGGAACAAAGCCACUGGCACUGGAUCAUGUUGUGAUUGACUGUCAAGUGAGACAAAUUACGCAGAAGGUCCUAAUGGUCCCCAAUUAUACACAAACCAGGUUAAGGUGCAAGGUUGUUUCAGACAUGUCAAUGAUCAGUGGGCCGCCAGCACUGGACAUCAAACCAGGGCACACUGUUCCUUACCCCAUCAGCAUACUUCCAUGGAAACGAGGGACACACACAGGUGUAAUUUCAUUUGUUGGUGAAGAUGGAAAGCAACAGCAGCCCCAGAACGACAACACAGGGGAGAAGGCAGAUGGUGAACAGGUCCUACAAUUGUCAAGGGAAGCAUCCUGUACACUCAGUGAUUCAAGAGAAACCACACAGGCAUAUGAAGUGUGGUUUUCGUUGGAAGUAAACUGCUCUCCUGCACCACCUGUGAGUGUGAUUUCUGUUGAAUGCACUGUCCAGAACAGUGUGACUGUGGAGAUCCCUGUCACCAAUCCGACGAAGGAAACCCUGCGUCUGGAUGUGUGCCUCUUGGGUGAUGACCUUUCUGGAGAGAGACAUUUAGUUGUAAGCCCAGAGGAAAGCAUAUUAUACCAGGCUAAGUUUGCCCCUGCUGUAACUGGCAGGAAAACAGCAAGUGUCAUAUUCCAGUCUGAUGCUGUAGGAGAGUUCUGGUAUGAAUUGGAACUAAUAGCUGACCGACCUUUGCCAACAACUCUUCCAGAGUGCAGAUGUGAGCUCGGGAAAUGGACUCGUGAGUUUAUCUCUUUAGUUAAUCCUACAGAUGAAACCUUGGAAUUGGAAACUUUCAACAGUAACACAAGAAAUUUUUCUGUGGAGAUAGAUCCUAAGAGACCACUGAUUGUGGCGCCACACUCGACGACCAGAGUCCCUGUUCAGUUCCAUCCCUCUGCCCUUGGCAAGGCUAAUCACACAGCAUGGAUCACUUUCAAGUGUCCACAGUUGCAAGAGUGGAACUUCUACAUGUCUGGAAUAGGAUUGUUCCCGGGGCUAAUGGAGCCACUAAGCAUCAGCACAUGUGUUGGCUCUCAUUCCUCAGUCAUUGUGCCCUUCAGGAAUCCUACUGAUGACAGCGUGCUGGUAGAUGUGCUGCUAACAGAUCAGGAGGAAACCCUGCACCACUCAAUCCCUUCUGUUCCUAGACAGACCGAUGGCGAUGAAGUCCAUGCCUUCUCUCUCCCACUCAGACAAACACAAGGUAUCUUGCUGACCCCGAAGGCAAAGCUGGACAUCCCAGUGAUAUUUGCACCAGACUCCAUGAAGCUGUGUAAAGCCUGGGUUAUAGUUCACAUGGUGAAGCAAAAUGGCCGAAGCUGGAAAUACAAUCCACAUGAUCACCUGGCUGCGGAUUUAAGAAGUGUCUGCACAGUAGCCGAUGAUGGAAAUCUUCAGAGCAUUCGAUGGGUGUAUCCCAUUAACGGUAUCCCAGAGGCAGCCUUCUCAAGUUCGUCCCCAGCUGUAAUUAGGUGUCAGGCCAGAAGCAGAAUAGAAGACAGGGUCGAGGUGCUGUUGACUGGAUGUGUCCCUGGGUUGUCAUCUUUAGCUGUAACAAGAGAUCAGACAGAGGGCAGUGGACUGCGGAGCGAAGUGCAUGUCACUGAAGGGCCUGCAACAGCUGACGAGUUCCUGUACGAGAUCCAGUUUGAGUCUGAUGAUGCCAGGGCUCAGCUGGAGCCCUCUGUAGCACUGUCUCUUCUGGGGAAAGAGCGAGAUGCACAGACUGGAAUUGUGACAUUGAUCUUCAAUAUCAUAUUUGCUCCCUAUAAGCCACUCAGGUGUUCAGCGGUUCUUGCAGUGCAGUGUGCCACAGGAGGGGUAUGGAAAUUUCCAAUACUGCUGAGCUCCACAGAGCCCAAGGUAGAUGAUGUCAUCAACAUUGAAGCCACUGGGUUAAACAAGGCGUCAAUGGUGGGAUUUAGACUCACAAGCCAAACAAGGUACCCUGAGUCAUUCACUGCAUACUUCGUGCCAGGCAGUGGCCAGGAAUUUGAAGUAUUGCCUCGUUCAGGAGAACUGCUACCCAUUGGCUCUGCUGGAACACUUAUUACCAUUAGCUUCACUCCAACCAUGUACAGCAAGAGGCACAGAGCCACGCUGGUAAUACAGACAGCUGAUAUGCAGUGGACCUACGAGGUGAACGGGGUGCCGCCGCGUUACACGCCCCCCUCUCCCGGGACGUCCGCAGCGGUGUCCUCAGGGCCGGUGAGGACCGUUUCAGUUCAGCAGCGCAACUUCGUCCGCGAGAACCUGCAGCUGAGAACCACAGCGGCGUCCUCUCCCAUUAAGGGCCAGCCCCUCACCAUUCGGAGCAAAUAAAAGAAGAGUGCGCGCUCUCCGCGGGACCACUGUGUAUCUCAUGUCUCAGCACUAAACUAAGCCCAGCUAUCUCCUUGGUUAUGGGUUUGACAACAGCACCGUAACUCUCUCUUCCUCUGAUCUCUUUCUUACAGAUGUAUCAACGAGCCCCAGCCUGGGUUUUUUUUUACUUCUUUCCUCACAUGUGAUCCUAAAAAAUGCAAGAAACACAUCUUCAGUUUAUCUUUCUGAUCAUCUUUGCUUCAGAAGCGAGUGGAAAGACUUAUGUGGUUAGGUUGGGAUGGUCCAAAGACAAGUUAAAAAAAAGAUAGACUUGUUAAUCAAAGUGUUAAGAGAGGUAAUGAUGGACUUUUUAUUCAAUAUUUUUUUAAUAGCAUUUAAGCGUUCAUUAACUAUAUUUGAAAUUUGUUUGGAGUGUUAUAAACCAUUAGGUCUCCUGGCAGGUGGUGUAGCUGAUAUGCUGACAGGUGAAAUUAUAUCCAGAAGAUCAUUUUUGCUUCCUUAAAAUAAGAAACAAAUCGAGCAAAUUGGCAAAUAAGGAAAAAAGAAGUUUAUCUGAAGCAUGACUGACAAUGAAAUUACAUUAACAGUCACUUUUCUAGCUUAUCAUUAUAACAUUAUCUACUUCAGCCCCUCUGCUCUUUCUAAUAAGCAUUUAGAACUAAUUUUGCUAUUUUAAUGUACUGUAUGUAUGAAAUACUGUAUGCCAAUUGUCACUUUAAACACAAAUCACCAUUCUUUCUCUUUUACAAUGCGAGAUAACAAAACACUACGCUUUGUAAAGAACCGCAAUGAAGAAAGCAUGUAGACUUCCAUAGGUUAAAGAGAUGUUAAAGCUUUUUUUUCCACCUUAAAGUUUUUAGCCAGAGAUGGGUGAAAACCAGUGUUCUGGGAAUUGUCUCAAUAGAAAGACUUAUAUACCAAGGAGUAAAGCUUCUUCUGCUUGUCAAGCAAGCCUGUUAUAAAUCCAUUUAACAGAACAUUGCUGAAGCAAAUUGCCUUGUUUGAAGAGGAAAGACAAGUAGGUAUCCACUUGUCUACAAAAAGGUCACUGUGAUUGUUAAAAAGUACUGUAGUUCGUUUAAAAAAAGAAGAAAUAAAAUAACUUGAAAAAAAUGUCUGGUACUAUAUAGAGUAGAGUUUGUAGAGUUUAUCUUUUAAAAGCCAUCAUGGCUGGAAGUUGAUGAACUCGCAGUAACGGAGACUGAUAUUUGUAAGACAUUCUAAAUGUAAUUUUACAAUCAUAAAAUAGCUCAUCUCUCCACCUGCGCUGUGAACUUUUUUGUAUGGGUUUCCAAUUUUCCAUUUGGGGAACUGGCAGUGACAUUAAAAUGUCUGACAUGUAAAAAUAUGGAGGAUAUAUUUCAUGCAAAUGGAGGCAAUAAAGUAUGGAUAUGGAUUUGAUUCACUCCAGUUGACUCUUUUAUGGAUCAUCAGAUAUAUUCUGAAGUUAUUUAAAAAGCAGUUAACAUUCCAUUAGCAACAAGCUAUAAUCCGUGUCAGCGGGGAGAUACUUGCUCGGUCAUUUAUUUCAGCAUGAAAACU